AUGGGUGAAGGUGGUCGUGUACGCCUUGUGGACGAGUUUGCCGCAAAAAAAGGCGGUACUACGUCAAGAGUGGUGGACUCGCGCACUUCGAGAACUCGAAGGGAAAGUCAGGGAUCUGACACCGCUACAAUGAAUUUCGUCACUGAUGACCGACUUGGCGUGAGUUCCAUUUGUUUUAAUCAUCUCAUUAGCUCCAAUAGCUCAUUACUUAUUGAUUUGUCGACUUCCUAUUAUUUCUCUACCCUCUCCGGGAGGUUUGUUUGUAACAUAAUUUCUCCAUAAUA